AUGUUGAAGCCGGAUAUAAUCUUGACUUGGACUCCACAGGCGCGUAUUCACUUCAUUCAACCCAAACAACCUUCACAGCUAACUCACAAACCAGACUCCAUCAAGUCAGUGGCCAGCACGAUUGCCUUUGACAUGAUGACCUAUUACAAAGGAAACCUUUCUGGGCAGACCCCUGGACUUCUACCUGGUCCUCCACCAAAUCCCACCGUGACGAACGCAGGGUACUUCUGGUGGGAAACGGGGGCCAUGUUUGGCAGUCUGAUAGAUUAUUGGUAUUACACUGGCGACUCGACGUAUAACGAAGUGGUGUCACAGGGAAUGCUGUUCCAGACAGGGAAUGGUCAUGACUACUUGCCUCAGAAUCAAACAAACGGCAUGGGCAACGACGAUCAAGCUUUCUGGGGAAUGUCAGCCAUGACAGCGGCGGAAUUAGGCUUCCCAAACCCGCCAGCAGACCAACCACAAUGGCUAGCACUUGCCCAGGCAGUAUACAAUACGCAACUACCCCGUUUUGAUGACCUCUGUGGUGGCGGUCUGCAUUGGCAAGCUUACAAUAUCCUGAACGGAUACAGCUACAAGAACGCCAUCGCAAACGGGUGUUUCUUCAAUAUCGCCGCACGUUUAGCAGCGUACACUGGCAACGAUUCAUAUGCGACGCAAGCAGAGUUGACUUGGGAUUGGAUGACUGGUAUCGGUCUCCUGGACAAAGAUUACAUGAUUUAUGAUGGCUCGGAUAGCAAUAACAACUGCACGAUUAUCAAUCAUCAGCAGUUUUCAUACAACGCUGGGGUGUUUCUUCUGGGCGCGGCUACCAUGUAUAAUCAUACUAACGGCAGUGCCAUAUGGAAAGAACGAACCGCCGGCCUGCUGAAUUCCACCAUCAACGUGUUCUUCCCAAAAGGCAUCGCCUACGAAGUUGUCUGCGAGGCCUCUCUAUCACACUGCACUAUCGACAUGCUCAGCUACAAAGCAUACCUCGUUCGCUGGAUGGCCGCAGCGACCAAAGUAGCGCCUUUCAUAUACGACGACGUAAUAGACGUUGUCAAGACCUCCGCCACGGCCGCAGCGCUGCAGUGUUCCGGUGGAACCAACGGCAGAAUGUGCGGUCUCAGUUGGUCGAAAGGCACAGAGUGGGAUGGGACAUCGGGCGUCGGGCAGCAAAUGGCUGCUUUGGAGGUUGUGCAGAGCAAUUUGAUCCAGCAGGCUAAGGCGCCGUUGACGAAUUCCACAGGCGGUACCAGUCAAGGCGAUCCGAACGCUGGGAUGGGCAGCUCGUCAACACAACAGCCGGGGGCGACGAAACCGGCUACAAGGGGUGACAAGGUGGGUGCGGGGGUCUUGACGGCAUUGGUGCUUUGCGUGUUGGUUGGUACGUUGACUUGGAUGAAUAUGCCUGAGCCGAUGGGGAAAGGAGCUGGUCCAGGACCAAGAAAAGGAAAAGGAAAAGGAAAGGAGUAUCGAUCAGUACGGGGCGCUGAGCGUUCCGACUAUGCCUAG